GGAGAACUUGCCCGGGCAUGUAAGCUGGGUUCGGGAAGCGUUCGCUUCCGGGAUUGACACGUGGGGACCCGGCUUGUUUAGGCGCCUUCUAGCAGCAGACAUCGGCUUGGGGGAAUGAAUCCGGCCAAAGCCGACCAGGUGGGUCGUUUGGGGGUGGAUGGCCACCUUCUCAUGCACCUCCACUGCAAGUGGGAUCCAGGCCUGUUUCUCAAUAAAGCUCUUCCAGGUGUCCAGGCUGGAAGGCGCAGUAAAAAAAAGUGCAGGAAGCACCAGCGUUGUCUGGUGCGUAAGAUGCUGGAACAGAAGGAGUUGCCGGGAUGCGGAGUGGAAGAGGAGACCCUGGGCGUGGCAUCAGACCUCUUGAAGAGCGGCAGAAAGCAGGGCCAGAAAGCCAGCCAGUUGGCCACGGAGGAGGUGGGGAAGAGUUUUGCCAUGCUCCGUCCAGCGAAGUCGGUUCCAUCUACUGGAACAGCCAGGCAGUGUUCUUCUUCCCGAGACGGUGGGAAUGCGAUUCCCUUGCCCUUCGGCUCUGCUGCGGAUGCCAAUUCUUUGUCCUAUCUGACGCCCAAGUCUAAGAAGCCGGUGGCUGUAGAUUGUGAAAUGGUGGGCACAGGCCCCGCCGGGAAAGUGAGCGAGCUGGCUCGGUGCUCGGUGGUGAACUACGACGGGGACGUGAUCUACGACAAAUACAUCCGGCCGCAGAUGCCAGUUGUGGAUUAUAGGACUCGGUGGAGUGGGAUCACCUGGCGGCACAUGGCGAAGGCGACUCCUUUCAUGAAGGCACGGGCAGAGAUCCUACAGAUCCUAAGAGACAAGAUCGUGGUGGGGCACGCCCUCCACAAUGACUUCCGAGCCCUGAAGUAUUUCCAUCCCCACGAAUGGAUGCGCGACACGAGCCAGAGCCCCCUCCUGAGAGAGAAGGGGGGGCUCCCUCUAAAAUCCAGCGCCUCUCUCAAGAGCCUUGCCCAGCGGCUGCUGAACAGACAGAUUCAGGUGAGCAGAAAGGGGCACUCAUCCGUAGAAGAUGCUCAGGCCUCGAUGGAGCUGUACAGAUUGGUGGAGGUGCAGUGGGAGAAAGACAUGACCACCCGACUCGCCUCGAGUCCCGCGAACGGCCCCCCAGUUAACUGCUCCGAUAAUGACCGCUACAUGGACGAUCAGUACUGGCCGGAUGACCUUAACUUGGACUGCAAAUGAAAGCUCAACCUCGAGGGCAGACUCUGCGUUGGUCUUUUAAGAGAGACCUGUUGAAAACUGUCUGCACUGGGAAACAUCAGUUGAAUCUCAGGAUUUGGGCCUAUGGAAUUUCACAAGCCAAAGACACCCUCUGACCACACCAGCAUAUAUAUUUAUUUAUUUGUCCAAUUUUUAGCCGGCUUUUUCCCAACCGAGACGGGCUCAGAGCAGCUAACAGCACUACACAUCCUAUGCUGAUGAGAUAAGAUUAGCGUGUCGACGUCCUUCUGCCAGCUAAAAACAGAACAGAAGUGAACAAUAUCAAAUAAAUGGCAAUAAAACUGAACCAAA